UACGCUGCAGCGGUCGUGAUGGGCGUAUCCGUCUUCUGGCCAGUGAGCGUCCAGAGUUGAUGUUUAAACUGUCCGCGCAGGCGUGGCUAAGCGAUCGGGGGGAGGGGCUUAAUGGAAGUUGCAUGGUUGGGUCAGAGGAGAGUUGUGUUUUAAACAGUCCAACACUAUUAGUUAACAGGAAUUUAGUAGGCUAAUCAGUAAAACUGAUUUUAUUAACUUAAGGUCUAAUACUCAAAGAUUUAAGUAUUCAUUUCGGAUCACUGUGAAGCAUUAUCGCUGCAAACUGUCUUCUCUAGCAGUAAUCCUUCCUUGAAAUGAAAGCGGGCGUGCUCCACUGUCGAUGUGCCAAAUGUUUCUCUCUCCCUGUCCGGAGGCGCGUCCGAAAGCGUGCGUCUGCCGUCACGCUGCUGUCUCUUCCCGAGGAGCUGCUCCUGUACGUCCUCCAAUGCCUCUCCGCUGAAGAUCUCCUCUCCGUCAGAGCGGUUCAUUCUCAUCUCCGUGACAUUAUCGAUAGUAACUCAAGUGUCUGGGCACGAGUGAGCUUCAAAGACCGCUGGCCGGCCCUCAACACCGUUUGGCUCUUUGAGAGGGCUGCGGAGAAAGGAAACUUUGAAGCUGCUGUGAAACUAGGAAUUGCGUAUUUGUACAAUGAAGGACCGUCGCUCAGCGAGGAGGGUCGCGCCGAUCUGUGCGGCCGCAUGGCGUCUCGAUACUUCAGCCUGGCCGAGAGCCUCAGGUCCCCGCUGGCCGAGCCGUUCAUCUGGCUGUUCAUCCGGCCGCCCUGGUCCACGUCUGGAGGCUGCUGUAAGGCUGUGGUGUACGACCGGCUCCAAGCCGAGUGUGAGACCAACCUGGAACGGAGAGGGACGUUAUUUUACUGCUUGGCUAGAGUCCUCCAGCUGUUUGACGAUGAGGAGAAGCGUGAGGAGGCUACGUCCAUGCUGAAGGAGUCGGCUCGUUGCGGGAGCGUGCAGAGCUCGUUUCUGCUGUGGGAAAUGAACCGCGGCACGUCGACCGCUGACCCUGGCCGGUAUCUGCAGUGCAUGCGCACACUCAGGGACUACGCUGCUAAAGGAUGCUGGGAAGCUCAGCUGGCGUUUGCGAAGUCAUGUGGCAGCGCUAACCCUCUGGGUCUGGAGCCGCGGGCCUGCGCUGAACUCGUGGCCCAGUUCUUCCAGUCCGGGCCGUCACCCCUACAGUACCCGCUGAGUCUGCAGGGACAGGACAUUACCACUAAGAGGUAUAUUCUGGUGGACUGGUUGGUGGAGGUGGCCACCAUGAAAGACUUCUCCAGUCAAGUGCUGCAUGUGACCAUCGGCUGCGUGGACCGCUAUCUGAGCCUGUGUUCAGUGCCCAAGGCCCAGCUGCAGCUCCUGGGCAUCGCCUGCAUGGUGAUCUGCACUCGGUACAUCAGUAAAGAGAUCCUGACCAUCCGUGAGGCAGUGUGGCUCACUGACAACACCUAUCAGUAUGAAGACCUGGUGCGCAUGAUGGGGGAGGUGAUCUCCGUGUUGGACGGGAAGAUACGGACCGCCACAGUGCUGGAUUAUGGGGAAGUGCUGCUGUCUCUGCUCCCCGCGGAGCGACGCAGUUCUCACCUCUUCAAAUACAUCUGUGAACUCUCUCUGCUCUGCUCGCCUCUCACCGUUCCCGGGCCGGCCAGACUCGCCAGCGCCAUCCUGCUGCUCACCAGAGCGCUGCACAACUACGUUCCUGUGUGGCCCGUCCAGCUGGAGGAAAACACAGGCUUCUCCAAGCAGGAUCUGGUCUCCUGUGCUUUAUCGCUCUACGUCAAGUGCUUCGGUCAAGAUGUGCCCAAAGAUUACAGACACGUGUCUCUGACGGGGGUCAAGCAGAGGUUCGAGGAUGAUGCGUACCAGCAGAUAAGCAGAGACGUGGUGAUGAGCUUUAAGGAGCUGUGUCAGGUGCUGGAGGUGCCGGAGGUGGAGCCGCAGGUGGAGGAGUCCAGCGCCAGCAGUCAGAUCACAGAGAUGCACACCUUCCUGUCCUCUCCCGCCAGCAACAGCAAGAGGAGGAGGGAGGACAGCAUGCAGGCGCACAGGGGCAGUUUCCUGGCCACUCCCACAGCCGAGCUGUCCAGUCAGGAGGAGAUGCUGCUGGGAGACAUGCUGGACUGGAGCCUCGACACCUCCUGCUCGGGGUACGAAGGAGACCGCGAGAGCGAGGGCGAGAAGGACGGAGAGGUCUCGGUGAUGGAGGUGCAGAUGGAGCUGCCGGUGGAGAGCGCUCAGGGACACUGUUGCGCUCUCUCCAGCGACGACAGCCUCUGUGAGGAACCCAACGAGGAAGAGGAGGAGACAAGCAGUCGAAGCAGACCCUGGACACGCCACAUAUCCUCCUCUUCAUCGGGCACCUUCUGCACGGACCGCCGCAGCUCGGGCUACUCCUCCAUCCAAAGCGUUCCCAGUCCGUCCGUCUCCUCGUCUCUGGUCUCUCCGCAGAAUCUGUCCGGUUUCCGUCUCCUGCUGCCGCCCGCGCCGCGGACCCGCCGGCAGGUGAAGAGGAAGAACACCGCGGCUCACAGCGGAGGAGAACGAGACGAGCGCGACGAGGACGACGCCAACCUGGCCUUCCUCAGCCUGUGAUCGGCAGGAAGCUGCUGUCCCUUAACGCAUCACUUCCUGGCCGUCCCGCCAGGAGCACUUUCGUUCACGGGUGGUUUUAUCUCAAAGGGAACGGGCGCGAGUUCGCGACCAUUUCUGAGCUUGUUUUUAAGUACGAACAAAGGUCAUGGUUUUUUCUUCCCAUAAUGCAUUUCACCUUAGCUCAAGCCUCAAGUGUCUUGAAAUCACUGGAAAAAAAGUGUUGUGUACGUCGUGUUGCGUCUUUAAAACUGGACUGUUUACAGAAACUGACUAUUGUAGUUGAUCAAAUGUGCAAAUAUGGGCUUUUUUAACGAAGUUACACGCAGCCACGGGGGAAAGCGACCCGACCCAUGAAGUUUCCUGCCGAUUUAUGCACUGUCCGAACCGAACUGGUUUGUUUACGCGGAUGUUUCUCGCCACGUAUCUCGAUUAUUUAUCUCCAACUCCAGUGUUUUUUUUUGUAUUCGUGCAUUGCUUUGCGUUCGUCACAUCUUCUGCCAAAGUUCCUACGUUGCCGAUUUUCAUAACGUUUUCUCUUUCUGCUUGUGAGACCACUGAUGUUUUGACCUGUGAAACGUGUACAGUACGUCUGUAUCAACUCUCCACGCGUAUUUUUUAACGACAGAUCCGAUGAAUGUGAUCGUUUGACAUGCUUUUUCGUAACGACCUCGAGAGACGCCGAGCACUUUUUUAUGACCAAUGCUGGAAAGCGAAAUGAUGCUUCGUAACGAACGAGUCUCCAUUGUUUUAUCUUUGAUAUGCUUGAACAAUCAACCAUACGAAUAUAUAUAUAUAUAUAUAUUUGUGAGUGUUCAUCUGAUUGAGGUUAUGACACUAAAAGCAUUAAGUUAUUAUUUUUGUGCAGGUCUUGUUGGUACUGUAUGUGGAACAUCACUAAGGAUUGCGACUGUAAAUAAUUAUUUCUUGUUUAUAACUGUAAAUAAAUAAAUGUAUGAAGCUGUGAAAGGUCAUGUGAACUUGAAAACAGACAUGUGUUUGUUAUACUCUGAAAACCACAAUUAAACAAUGCAGUAGUUACA